GAGUUUAGACAAUAAUAAGAUCCGUAGAUGGCGCCUAACGGAAUUUCAGCUGACGUCUUCAGAGGGAUUUCCCUCAGGAGGGGACGUUACCCCACCUCGCGCAUCAUCCGUGUUGAUGGCGACCACCAUGUAGCGCGUUAAUUGCCAAGCCAAAAGAAUUUCUCCACAAGGGGGCGAUGCUGACAAAUUGAGGCCUUCGUGCUAAGCGACAGACUCGUGGUUUGUUUGUGAUGGGUGGUGACUAAACUUCGCUUCACUAAAUCAGAAGAAAGAUAUAUAUAUAUCAGAAGUCUAGGGCACACUCCCAUUCCAUCCCAUUGAGGAGUCGCAUCCGAGUAGCUUAAGCCCUAACGAUGAUAGGGUAGUCAAAGUAAUGAAGGUGCCCCGGCAUUCCAAACCCAUCCUAUCGUCUCGAUGGUCAGGUUUCAUCUCGCAGAGAUAGUCAAACUCUGCGCAUCCAAAGUUCCGUUUGAAACUGACGAAGGAGAAUGUCCUCCGGUUUUGUCUGUUUCCUCCUUCUGGAAGCCCUGGCUUUUGUUGGAGGAAGUAUUACAUAACGAGAAGGAGGAAGAGCCCUUGCCACACGGUCGUGAUUACUUGAUUGUUUCCGUUUCAAAAUAAGUUACAUGAAGGUCUCUCUGAUAGGUGUGCUACCAAGUGACGCGAUUUCUCUUGA